AUGACCAAUCCCAACCGUUUGGGGCUCACACUGAACCAGAGGCUACCAAUUUUGGCGGGUGUUGUUUAUUCUUCUUCUUUGCCUUCAACUACGUCAGUUACUUGUUCCCUUGUCGCUUCUGUUCCUCAACUUUCUAAAGUACUGAAGAGGAGGAUAAGUGGAUUUAGAACACCUCGCAGGGUGGUGUUGGGACUUGGGGUUUCAUUUUGGGCUCAGUUCAUGAGUAUGGCAGGUAAUCUUGGCGGCAAAUCUUUAAUUGCCUCUGCCAGACAAAAAGGUGCAAUUGAACAGGUAUUAAAGAACGUGGAAUGGCCAGCACAAUUUCCCUUCAAGGAAGAGGAUUUCCGGCGGUUUGAUGAAUCACCAGAUUUGUUGUUCUAUGAAGCUCCACGUUUUGUGACACAUAUAGAUGAUCCUGCCAUUGCUGCACUUAGUAAGUAUUACUCCCAGGUUCUUCCGCCUAGUAAUACUCCAGGAGUAGCUGUCCUUGAUAUAUGUAGCAGCUGGGUCAGUCAUUACCCUGCAGGGUAUAAACAAGAGCGGAUAGUAGGCAUGGGUAUGAAUGAAGAAGAGCUCAAGAAGAAUCCAGUUCUGACCGAGUAUGUUGUGCAAGACUUGAACUUUGACCCGAAACUUCCACUUGCAGAUAAUUCCUUUGAUGUUAUCACCAAUGUGGUAUGCAUAUCUCUUCCCAUCUUUUAG